AUGGCCUCAUCAGCGCCACGCAUCGAUACAGAUGCCCGCUCUCGCCACAACAGUCUUCCCUCGAACUCUGUCCCCUUCCCAACGACACCUGUGGAAGAGCCACCAUCGACAAACCAUAAUCACCAUCACAUUCCCGAGUCGCAGACAGGACAGGGACAGUCCUCCGAGACGACAGCCCACAAUGUACAAUACAGAAUGAACGACUACCCCGCCACCUACCCUUUCACCUCCCCCCGCCACUCCUCUCACUCCAACCCCAACCGCAUCUCCUUCUCUUCCUCCUCCCCAGGCGCAUCUCCAUCCAAACGACCCCUCUCCGUUCCCGGACCUCGUCCCUCACACUCCAUGACGAGAGCGUAUUCGGCCUCUAGUAUGCGGCACAGGCCGAUCGAUCAGCAGCUCAGUCCUGUGGCGGAGGAGUACGACCAUCCGUUACAUGGCUGGCAGGCACGUUUGCUCGUUCCUCCUGCGCCGAGGAGGAGUCGCACGAGUCUGAAUCCGUAUCCUUACUCGGAUCCAUAUCAUAAUCGUCAGUCGGUUCAUGGACAGGGUGGCGCGCCUUUCACUUCGGGUGGCACACCGCUCUCUUCGAAUGGUCAUAUCCCUACGAGCGUCGACUCGUCAGCCCAUUUCCACACGAACUACGCCUACGACAGCCAUAACCACAACCAUGCCAAUCCCUCCCCUCUCCCAGUCGACGACCUCACAGCCGCCAUGAUGUUAAUGAUGCCAUCUCCAACUGCCGAUCGUAAACGCAUGGCCGAGAAGAACCGGAGAGCAGCGAGGACGAAGAAGAAGAGGGCUUCGAGGAUCGGGGCGGGGUCUGGGGUGAAGCGGGUGGCGAGCGCGGCGGGGAGGGCGGUGAUGGCGUUGAGGAGGGCGUUGGGGGCGAGGAUGAGGCAGAGGUGAGGUGGUGGGUGAUGGAAGGUCGUUCGAGGUUGAGGUGGGAGCAGGGUGGAGAUGAGGGAAGAUACGUAUUUUGGGUUGCUGGAAUGAACGAGGAUGCGUGCUGAGGCGGGUUGUUAUGCACAUGUUCGGCUUAAACUCGG